AUCUCGCUCCGCUCGGCAUUGGCACUAGCUAUAAACUUUGUUAGUGCGGUAUUCCAAAAAAAACAUCCUGCAGGAUUAUCUACAGCAUUUUUAGGCUGUUCCACCGAAAAAACACUGUUUAAAGUAAUAACUUUGUUCGAUUCCAGAAUUACGACAGGCUAGGAUGUUUAAAAAGUUCGACGAAAAGGAGAGCAUCUCCGGUGUACAGCAGCUCAAGUCCUCCGUCCAGAAGGGCAUCCGAAACAAGCUGAUCGAACAAUUUCCGCACAUCGAGAGCCACAUCGAUCAGGUACUGCCGAAGAAGGAUCAGUUUCGCAUCGUAAAAUGCCACGACCACAUCGAAAUACUGGUCAGCAGUUCCGGUGAUCAGCUGUUCUUUCGGCACCGGGAGGGCUCGUGGAUGCCAACGUUGCGGCUGUACCACAAGUUUCCGUUCUUCCUGCCGAUGGAGCAGGUCGACAAGGGUGCCAUUCGGUUCGUACUGAGCGGGGCGAACAUCAUGUGCCCCGGGCUGACGUCGCCCGGUGCCUGCAUGACGCCGGUCGACAAGGGCACGGUGGUAGCGAUUAUGGCCGAAGGCAAACAGCACGCCCUGGCCAUCGGCCAGACGACGCUCUCCACCGAAGAUAUUGCCAAAGUCAACAAGGGCGUGGGAGUGGAGAAUUGUCACUACCUCAACGACGGUCUAUGGCAGAUGAAACCGGUUAAGUAAAGACCACCACCCCAACUCGGAGCUGUGUUCUCUUAUUAUAAAUCUAAUCAACAAGAUAUAAACUUAAAAGUUUCCUACAAGGUAAGAUUUAAUAAAUUGAUGUGAGCUAGCU